CAAAAAAAUUGAACAAAAAUUUUCCAAUACUAAUUUGAGCCACCCUACUCUAUAGUUUGAUCCUCAUAAUUUAUUCCAAAUUUACUCGUAAGUUAUUUUAUUGCUCCUAGCCUUAAAUUCAUUACAAUCGAAAAUUCAAAAGUAGUUUUCUCGUUUCAGAUCAUGAAAUUCAUUAUAUUCUGAUUAUUUUCUCGUUCGACAUAUAACUUAUUAUCUCAUAGUGAAUACGAUGUGACAAAACAAAUUAGAUUACCCAAAAAACCAGGAAUACGAAAUAUCGUUGGUUUAUAUUAAUAUUACUUUUUUCCUAAAUGGUUUGAAAUUCAAAGCAAGUUGCAAUGUUAUAAUUUUUUUGAACUAUUAUUUUAUACCAGAUUUGUGACCUUAGAGUGACCUUGCACUCACAUUUCAUCAACCAUGGAUAGUUUGGACAACUUGAAACACAUCGAUCAUUUACUGGUACGCCGUCAUAAGGAAUCCCUGGAAACGGGAGAAGGACCACCGCUGACCAACCAGUACGUCAUUGAGAACAUCCCAAACGAAUCGGUUUACCGGGCUGCCGAAGGUCCCGCAUUCUGGGCUCGCACAUGUUUUGGCCACAAUAGACCCUUCAAGUUGGUUCUGUUAGACAAUGAACAGCGGAAAGCAAUGGUAUUUAAGCGACCUCUUUUCUACAAAUCAUGGCGUUUUCUGUGUCGACUGAAACGGAUGGAUAUCAUCGCACCGGGUGGAGAGCUUGUGGCACGCAUUCAACAAGGUUGGUUUUUUGGAAAGCCAUGGUUUAUUGUGAUGAAUUCAUCCGGAGAACGGGUGUUGCGAAUCGAGGGUCCAUGGUUGGUGUUCGACGUAUUUGCGGAUGUGAAGUUUAAGAUUGUAUCAAUUGAAGGUGAAGAGGUUGGUGAAAUUGUGAAGAAAAAAAUCGGAUGUACAUGUAGUGAAGUGCCUCACCAUUUGGGAAUCUCAUUCUUUAAAGAAAUGGAUGCAACUAUGAAGGCAGCACUAAUUGGUGCAUUGAUUCUGAUUGAUUUUGCCGUGUUCAACAACAAUCGACGAAUAGAUUUGACAAGUCUAUUGUUGAUGUGAAAUUAUUGUGAACAAUUUAAAACAUGUUCUCUUCGCCACACUUUGUCGAAAUUUUAUGAAACUUUGACAUUUAUUU